AUGGAGAAGUUCUCGGCAUUUCGGGAUCCUGGAACAGGCAUCCAGCCAUUUCUGAAACCCGUCCCGCCCACGGAUAGCGAGACACUCACGGCCAUUGCGCUACCAUUCGGCUAUGUCAUUGGUGCAGUACGGACAUUGCUCGUGCUGGUCCUGGGCGGGCUGUAUGCCGUGUUGGUGGAAGGACUUUGCGCUGCCCUCAAACCAGUCCCGCCCCUGCACAGAAUUGUGACGGGGUUGUCUACGGCGAUCCUUGCGCGUCUAGUGCUUCUGAUACUUGGACUGCCCUGGAUACCUGUUGAGUCGGUGACUCGUAAAAGAGGACGGGGAGCCAAAGCACCUGAGCGAUGGAGCCCAGGUGCAGGCGACAUCAUCGUGUCGAACUGGGUUUCGACCAUCGAAGUCCUAUGGUUAGCAUUCCGAUUCAAUCCGAUAUUUGUGCUACCAGUGUACUCGGCCUCUGAUUUCCCAGAGCCUACCGCUCGUGUCUCGUCACCCAUCACCCGUACUCCCGGACGACGUACAGGUACAGGGUCUGCAGCUAUCUCCUCCCCAACCGCUCGUGCACCGACCCCGCGCGUGUCCAUCGCUGGAUUCAAGCAAGUAUCGCUCUUCGGUAUCUUGCACGCUAUCGGGAACGUUCCAGAGGCUGUCCAGCCUGGUACACCAGGCAUCAAGUCUUUGGAAGAGAUCAGGAGCAACGCCGACCGCCCGGUAGUCGUGUUCCCAGAGUGCACCACGAGCAAUGGCCGUGGUCUGUUGAGAUUCGCGGAGCUCUUCAAAGGCGUUUCUGUCCCAGUGACGAAGUUCAAGGUCUUCGUGAUGUGUGUUCGCUAUGACCCUCCGGCUGCGCUCUCGCCGACGAUGACCCACUCAAUACCGUCAAACGCGUUGAAUCCAAUACCGCACCUAUUCUCUCUCACGACAUCCCUAGUGCCAUUCACGAUGUCCAUCCGCCUCCUUGCGCCGUCGGAGUCGCCCAGCUCAGGCUCGUUCCUUGCGAGUGAGUUCCUCGCAGAAGGCAAACACGACGACUACCUCACAGAGGCAUGCGCAUCGCUCAUUGCGCAGAUCGGCAAGAUGAAACGAGUCGGAUUCGGCUGGGAAGACAAGAUUGCAUUUCUCGAGUUCUACAAGAGCAAAAAGUAGACAGCACGCAGAGCGUAUGUACGCCAUGGUACGAGACAUGAAACUUUCCUCCACAGAAGAACACGUAAAUGGACAAUCGCAAAAUAAAAAACAUGAUUGAAGGAAAGGGAGGCGACCCCAUAGAAAUCGGGAACCUCUUCGCCUGCGGUUUCAUGAACACGUACAGUUUGUGCGGCCUUCUGAUCCGCAUAUCGUCCAUGAAGUAUCGUGUCCCGUAAGCACUGCCAGGAUCCAUACCGCCAUGGCAGUCUCACUACCAUACAGGGGAGGCCUCGACGUUGCCGGUGCCCGGUGUCUCGUUCUCUUUGUUAUUCUCGGCCAGUUCGCCAGGUUCCACAGGAUCGACUUGCUCCUCGAACGC